AUGGAGUACACUUUGGAACAAUUAAACUAUUUUAGAGCAAGUUACAUCGCCUUCAACUUAGUUGCCAAAGGGCUUCGAAAAGUCUUCAAACAAGAGUGGGAUUUCCUUUACAAGACAACUCCAUUUGGGGAAUGGAAAGAUAUUUCAAAAAAUGGCUGCGAUUUCUACAAGAAAGAAUCACGAAAGAGUCACAAAAAGAAUGCGCGACAUUUAGUGACGAUACAAAGGGGGAACACUGCAGAGUGGGAUUGCAGUUGCCUGUUUUUUGCAAUUUUGCACUCGGAUUGCAUUGGCACUACUCUUAGUCCAGUAGUCAGAAACGAAGUUGACGAUCUCAGACAAGUUCGAAAUGAUAUCGCUCACUUGAACGAGGUUGAACUUACUGAUGCUGAAUUCCAUCAUUAUGUAGCGCGAGUGUCAGCUGCUUUUAAUUUACUGAAGCUUCCAUUAAAUGAAGUUGAUGAUAUAAAAAACCAGACACACUUUCCAACAGCUCAAGUAAACAGCCUUAAAAUGCAGGCUGAUAAUCUUAAAGCUACGUUGAAAACCAAAGAAGAAGAAAUCAAAAAUCUAACCUCGGAACUACAAUCGACCCAAGCCACAUUACAGACAAAGCAGGAAGAAGUAGAAACACUUACUCAGGAAAUCAAUUUCAAAGUCGAAUCUUUCUGUAAUCUGACAUUUAAGCCAUCACAUCAUAUCAUCAGAAGAUCAAACGAUGUAACAAGGAUCUUGAAAAAACUAGAAGAGCUUCAAAAUGAAAGCAAAGGAGCGAUCAGCACCAUUUAUUUAUCAGGAAUUCCGGGCUGCGGCAAAACUCAAAUCGCUCGACAACUGGGAGAGGAGGUUUUCGACAAGUGGUCGCAUAAAAACGAUGGUCUAAUAUUUGUUGCAACGCUGAGUGCAGAAACCCUUGAUUCACUUGCAGCCUCCUAUUCCAGUCUGGCAAGACAUUUGGGAAUUACAGAAUACAUUUUAACCAGCCUCGAGACUUCUACAAAGGGGGAUCCAAGAUACAAAAUCCAGUAUCUAAAGCAAGUCAUUUAUCCAAAGACAAAGCAAUUCUCUAAUUGGCUUAUAAUAGCAGAUAAUGUUGUCGACCUAUCCUCGAUUUGUGGUGAUCUGCCCCCGACCGGCAGUGAAGAAUGGGGCCAUGGUCAGGUCCUAAUAACUACUCAAGAUAGCAGCUCAAUACCCUCCAAUGCACCACUUACUUACCAUGAGUCUCUUAGCAAUGGAAUGCAUCCCGAUGACGCAGUGAACCUAUUACGACAGGUAUCUCAGAUUCAGGAUCAGAACCAAGAUGAAAACGUCGCUGAAGUUCUUGAGUAUCAGCCACUUGCUUUAGCAGCCGCUGCCUUUUAUGUUAUGACGCAGUGAACCUAUUACGACAGGUAUCUCAGAUUCAGGAUCAGAACCAAGAUGAAAACGUCGCUGAAGUUCUUGAGUAUCAGCCACUUGCUUUAGCAGCCGCUGCCUUUUAUGUACAAACCAUUGUGGUCAGUGGUUCGCCGAACUUCAGUUGGAAAAACUACUUGGAGGCCCUUUCCUACGGCGAACGUGAAGCUGCAGAUAAACUUCUUGCCAAGCAGAACAUAGCGUAUCCCAAGACACAGUCUAGUGCCAUUCAAAUGGCAAUUAUGAGAGCUUUAGAAUCUGAUGAAGUUCUUCGAGAAGUAUUGUAUUUGUUUUCUCUAUGCGCACCUGAGUCUCUUCCGAUGGAAGUUGCGGUUGCCUACGUGAAAUUACGUAUCACUGGGCAAACAGAAGAACUGAUCAAAGCUAAACUUUCUAGUUUCUCCUUAUUGUCGUGUUUGCACGACAACGAGGACCCAGAGAAAAAGGCAUAUACUUUUUUAAGGAUGCAUGACAUUGUCCAUAAAGUGCUUGAGUCAGUUAUAUUAUCUGAAAUAGAAACAAAAGAUAGAGUUCAGUGCAUUUCUGAUGUGAUUGAGAUCUUUCACUCUUUAAUUGUAACGAACAGAAAUCUGUUACAUUCAAGUAGGAAUGCGUUUGCCAAGUUAAGUUUAAUUACGAGUCACUGUAAAGUAUUACAGGGAUAUGUCAGCACCUAUUUCGAUAAUUCGGAAACAUUUCUGAAUGCUGUCACUCCUGGAAAGUUAGUUUCGUGGCUUUCCUCAACUGCUGAUGUUUGCUGUGGUCUUAGUAAUCCGUCGGAUGCAUAUUUUUUUGGUAGGUCAAGCUGUAAGUUUAUACAUUCUCUUCUUGACUUUAAAAACGACAAAAUGUUAAGAGCCAACACUUACAGCAUCCCAGGAAAUGUUUACAGUGACCUUGGCGAGUACAGUGAUGCUAAAGAAUGGUAUGAGAGGGCUCUAAUAAUUAGAAAAGAGAUUUACGGUGAACACCAUAGUGACAUAGCAGCAAGCUACAACAAUCUGGGUAAUGUUCACACGGACCUUGACCAGUACAGUAAAGCUAAAGAAUAUCAUGAGAAGGCUCUGGUCAUUAGAAAAAAGAUUUACGGUGAAAAGCAUGGUGACGUAGCAGCAAGUUACAACAAUCUGGGAAUUGUUUAG